CUUUCGUCGUGAAGGUCUUCUCGAAUCGACUCAAUCCCAAUCUUUGAUUCUGCUUUACAGCGACACCCGAGAUUGGCACCUCAUCUGAUGUCAUUCCAUUCACAUGUGUCAACGCAUCCAGCGGCGCGUUCCGCGGUACGCCAGGGUCUGAACACGAUGGAUGCGGAUCGCGCGACACACCACCAAGAAGCCAAGCAUGCCGUCACCCGGAACAGGCAGUGCAUUAACGACUACCAAACUUUGACCCGAUCCUUCACUCCUCUCACACGACCUCUGCAGAGACUGCUACAACAUUCCCCACCGCCAUCCUUAAUCGCCCAUUUACCCCGCGAGCAGCUAAUUCCCCGCGCCAAGGACCCUGCCCACGACGCACAGCAGCACCGAUCGCCUGCGCAAGCCCACGCCAGCAAGUUUCUCGCGGUCGGACCUCACUGACACUCCGCUCGCCUGAUUGGACUUGGUGCAGGACCUCGUGCCCGUAAUCUCACUCCGACAUCACUAUGAGCGCGUCCCCCACGUCGAGGGACGGCCGGCAUGCGUCUCCAGCGCCUCGCAAGUCCUCAGCAUCUUACAAAGUGAGCCCGCUGCAGCUCCCGACUGGCGGACACCUCGCGCAAGACAAGAUAAGGCAGCCUUCAAUCCAGUUUUUGGCACACAGAAAUUCGUCGCUACCCAGAGGCGCCCCCAGGCCCCGUGAACGACGUCGAUUGUCGUCACCGCCGCCUCCACCCGUUUUCCAACCUCGUGUAUCUUUCGACACUUUCGACAAGCCUGCAGACUUCAUCGAGGAGAGCUCUUUUACAUUGAUCGCCAAACACAAAGACUACGAGUACACCAAGCGUUCGCGGACGUUCCUAUGUGGCUUCGACGAGAACGAGUACUCAGUAUAUGCUCUGCAAUGGCUCAUAAACGAGCUGGUCGACGACGGGGAUGAGAUAGUAUGCCUCAGAGUGGUGGAGAAGGAAGAUGCAAUAGCCGGAGAGCGAAGCGUAGAGACUGGGCGAUAUCGUUCAGAGGCAGAGCAUACCAUGGCCGACAUACAGAGCCGGAAUCACGACAACAAGGCGAUCAACCUCAUAUUGGAAUUUUCAAUUGGCAAGGUUAACAAAGUUAUCGAUGACAUGAUCAAUCUCUACGAACCCGCAAUUCUUGUGGUCGGAACUCGAGGCAAGAGCUUAGGUGGAUUCCAGGGAUUACUUCCGGGUAGUGUGUCCAAGUACUGUCUCCAGCAUUCACCAGUACCUGUCAUCGUUGUCCGUCCCACAUCGAAACGCGACAAAGCAAAGAGCAAGCGCACAAAUGAUCCAGAUCGCCAAGGCUACAGAGAAAUCCUCGCGAAGAGCGAAAGCCUUCCUGAAUUCAACAGUCCUCGCAACAGCUUCUUCGCGAACGAGGACGAGGCAGCGAUCGUUGGAGGCGCAGCGACCGCACCCAAACCUGCAGCGGACACGCAUCCUCUGGCACAGGUGGAACAAGCGCCAGACAGCAGCGAGGAUGAACUGGACACCGGUACUAGUACAUUGGUUGGAGAUGAUCCCCGAAGUCCUGGUCCUAUGAUGAAGAGUCCACAUCUACAAAACUUAGACAGUCCUGAGCUCAGUAGUCAAUCUAGCAGCGAGGACGAGGACGACCAAGGCGGGGUAUCAACUUCAGGGAUCUCCGCUGUGGAUAAAGUUACAGGCGCAACGGAGAAAUUAAACCUUGGCGAAGGAGAUGCAGGUGGUGGAAAUACGUCAAUGUCCUACAUGGACAGUCUCACCAGUGGAGCACAGAAGAAGUCCGAAGACACGUCUUCGGCGCAGAAAGACUCGGAAGGCGCGUAGUGUUAGCAUUAAUACCCAAGAUAUCAGGCUCCCCGCAUCAGCCCUAAAGACGGUAAAUUGUGGUGUUUCGGAAGCUGUUGCCAGACCCCGGUUUGAUCGGCGUGACGUCGUUUCAUGUGGCUGUGGCGCCACGACAUGCAUGCGCGUCCCCUACGGUUCCCCAGCCUCGGCGG